CGCAGCGACAUGGAUCCGCCCGCCGCCUUCUCGGGCUUCCCGGCGCUGCCCUCGGUCGCGCCGUCGGGGCCGCCGCCGUCGCCGCUGGCCGGCGCAGAGCCGGGACGGGAGCCCGAGGAGGCGGCUGCGGGCCGCGGGGAGGCGGAGCCGGGCCCCGCGCCGGGCCCAGGGCGGCGGCGGCGGCGGCCCCUGCAGCGCGGGAAGCCGCCCUACUCGUACAUCGCGCUCAUUGCCAUGGCGCUGGCGCACGCCCCGGGCCGCCGCCUCACGCUGGCCGCCAUCUACCGCUUCAUCACCGAGCGCUUCGCCUUCUACCGCGACAGCCCGCGCAAGUGGCAGAACAGCAUCCGCCACAACCUCACGCUCAACGACUGCUUCGUCAAGGUGCCGCGCGAGCCGGGCAACCCGGGCAAGGGCAACUACUGGACGCUCGACCCCGCGGCCGCCGACAUGUUCGACAACGGCAGCUUCCUGCGGCGCCGCAAGCGCUUCAAGCGCGCCGAGCUGCCCGCGCCCGCGCCCGCGCCGCCGGGGCCGCCGCUGCCCUUCCCCUACGCGCCCUACGCGCCCGCGCCGGGUCCCGGGCUGCUGGCGCCACCGCCCCCGGCCGCCCCGGGCCCCGCGCCGCCCGCGCGCCUCUUCAGCGUCGACAGCCUGGUGAGCCUGCAGCCGGAGCUGGCCGCGCCCGACGCCGCCGCCGCCGCCUUCCCGCCCUGCGCCGCCGCCUCCCCGCCGCUCUACUCGCAGGCGCCCGACCGCCUGGGGCUGCCCCCGACGCGCCCCGGCCCGGGCCCGCUGCCCGCAGAGCCCCUGCUGGCUUUGGCCGGGCCGGCAGGUGCGCUGGGCCCGCUCAGCCCCGGGGAGGCGUACCUGAGGCAGCCGGGCUUCGCGCCGGGGCUGGAGCGCUACCUGUGA